AUGGGAGAACGUCUUAACAUCGAUGCAUCUGACAAUGAACCUAAAAAACAUUAUUACGGUGAAUCCAAAAAAUAUGACCCAACUUUCGAUGGACCAACUUCUAACAGGAGUUGUACAGAUAUUAUUUGCUGUUUUGUGUUCGUUUUGUUCAUUGUUGGCCUCGGAGUGGUCAGUGCCAUUGGGUUCCAGAGAUGUAAUAAGGAAAUAUAUAUUUAUCCAACAGAUUACUUAGGUCAAGUAUGUGGGAUGUCAGAAUCUGUAGUAGACAAACCCUACCUAUUCUUUUUUGACUACCUGGUGUGUUUGAAUGAGGUAAAACCUCCGAAACUUGACUGCACUACAUCGCUGCAAGUAUGCGUUGAUGAAUGCCCAAAGGAAAACUAUGCCAUCGAAGCUCGAUACUCCAAAAAAUUAGAUGAUCCGAACGUCGAUGUUAAUUCCAUCGAUUGGAAUGAUUUCAUUUGUAUCUAUGGAUUAAAUGCAAAAGAUGAAGUAAAUAAGUCUGAUGCCACCAUAAAGGACCUUUUGAAUGACAAUAAAUGUGCAAACUUUUACACAAAAAGUGAUGUGUUUACCAGUCGCUGUUAUCCCAAAUUCUUAGUUUCUGACACGUUAUCAGAAAAGAACACCACACCAAAUAACCGACAAAUAACCGAAGAAGAUCGCGCUGUCGCAUAUGACCUGCUAAACCUUCUUCAAAGCUAUGAAAGUUUUAAUAACACAGUCGAGGAAUUCAUAGAAACGUGGCCGUAUAUGGUGGCUGGUAUUACGAUAUCAAUGUUCGCUUCUCUGCUUUACAUUGUUUUAAUGCGCUGGAUUGCAGCCAUUAUGGUUUGGAGUAGCAUCGUAUGGGUGUUUGCACUUUUAGGGUACGGAACCUACUUCUGUUGGAAUGAAUGGAACUGCAUAAAAAAUCAUGAAUCUGAUUGUACUUCAGAUAGAUCUUCAUUGGAUUAUAACGAACUUGCGAGCUACCUCAAAAUGGAGAGAAUCUGGUAUAUAUCAGCUAUUAUAAUGAGUACAGUCUUAGCAAUUCUCACCCUAGUUGUGUUAUUACUAAUCAAGAGUAUUCGUAUUGCUAUUGCUUUAAUGAAAGAAGCAAGUACAGCAGUUUCAUCAGUACAUUUUUCUCUCUUGUGGCCUAUCAUCCCGUUCAUCAUGCAGCUAGCCUUUCUAAAAUUUUGGGCAUUUAGCGUAAUCUUCAUAGCAUCCAUUGUGGAACCACCAUACCAGAUAGUUAACUCGGAUUCAACCGACGAGAAUACAGACGGUGCAAGAUGUAACCCAACAGUUUCACUCAAUGGAACAGCUAAAUGUGUUCUGAUAGGUUAUAACAUCGUCCCAAAUUACAUCUACUGGUUGGAAGCAUACAACCUAGUGGCUCUAUUUUGGAUUUUAAACUUCAUACGUGCUCUUGGGCAAAUUACUCUAGCGGGAGCAUUUGCAAGCUACUAUUGGGCAUUUACUAAACCAGAUGACAUCAAACACCUACCUCUGCUUCGAUCAUUUUGGAGAAGCAUUCGUUAUCAUAUUGGAUCAAUCGCCUUUGGCUCCCUGAUCAUAUCCAUCAUCAAACUGAUUCGUUUUACCAUACAAUAUGUUGAAGACAAAGUAAGCAAUGCAGACAAUUGCUUCACAAAAUUUAUCGCUUUGUGUUUUAAAUGUAUCUUUUGGUGUUUAGAUGCCAUGCAGUAUAGGUCUAUAAAUCACAACGCAUACAUCGAAAUUGCUGUGUAUGGCAACACUUUCUGUACAUCUGCAAAAAAUGCAUUCCUUCUCCUCAUGCGAAAUAUAGCUCGAGUCAUGGUCCUGAAUAGAACUUCAAGCUUUAUACUCUUCAUUGGAAAAAUUGUGAUAACAUUCGGAACAGCAUUUGGUGCGUCAGCUUUUUUUCGCAACUCCUUGUCGACGUUUCCGAUUGUUGUUGAUAGCAGAGGUGUGCCAACGUUGAAUUAUUUUUGGGCGCCAAUCUUGUUCAUGGCACUAGCCACGUACAUCGUUGCAGACAGCUUUUUUGACGUGUACGAUAUGGCGAUCGAUACAUUGUUUCUGUGCUUCCUUGAAGACUUAGAGCGACACGAUGGAACACCAGAGAAGCCUUACUACAUGUCAAAACAACUGAUGCAUAUACUUGGAGUGAAAAAACAAAAAGAAAAUGAAUGGAUGUUGUCACUAACUUUACAUCAUUGUUUAGAAUUAUUUAGUGUUUUGUUAACAGCUAUCCCAAACUAA